CACCCACGCAAUUCCUACCGAAGGGAUCGAGCAGCAUGUCUUUCGGACAGCCAGCGCAGGCCGGCGGGUACCUGAACCCGAACAACGACUACACUAUCGGUGAGACCAUUAACGAUGGUAUCCAGGACCUGGCCUGGAGUCCAACGAGCAACGUGCUGGUGUCGGGCAGCUGGGACAACUACGUGCGUUGCUGGGAAGUGCAGCAACAAGGGACCCAGUUCAAUGCCGUUGCCAAGGCGCAGAUUGCACACGAGGGUCCCGUCCUCUGCACGGCUUUCAGUGGGGAUGGCAGCACAGUGUUUUCAGGAUCGUGUGAUAAGACAGCGAAAAUGUGGGUGCUCAACGGACCUGCGCAGGGCCAGCAAAUUGCCGCGCACGACGCACCGAUCCGCAGCAUCGCUGCCAUUCAGGAGGCCAACUGCGUAGCCACAGGUAGCUGGGAUAAGACGCUUAAAUACUGGGACACGCGGUCCCCCACGCCCAUGGCCUCAGUGCAGCUCUCGGAGCGGUGCUAUGCCAUGGAUGCUAAGCACCCGCUGCUUGUUGUGGCCACAGCCGACCGCCAAGUGCACAUUUUUGACAUUCGCAAACCGUCGCAGAUUUACAAGUCGAUUCAGUCGAACCUCAAGUUCCAGACGCGAACGAUUUCGUGCUUCCCGGAUGCUUCGGGUUUCGCGAUUGGAUCGAUCGAAGGACGUUGCGCAAUUCAGCACGUUGAGGAUAAGGACAAGAGGAACGACUUUGCGUUUAAGUGCCACCGCGACGGAUCGGAUAUUUACCCCGUGAGCAGCAUCGCGUUUCAUCCAUUCGGUACGUUCUCUACGACAGGCGGAGACGGCACAUUCUGCUUCUGGGACAAAGAUGCUCGGCAGAAGCUCAAAACUUUCAACAAAUGCAACCAGUCGAUCACAACCGGCAAAUUCAACGCUCGUGGCGAUAUCUUUGCCUACACGCUGUCGUACGACUGGUCCAUGGGUGCGGAGAAAUACAAUCCGAGUCAGCCGAGCGUCAUUCGGCUGCACAGCGUGGCGGAGGCCGAAAUCAAGCAGAAGAAAAAGCCAGGUACUGGGUCGCGGAAUUCGUUCUAG